AUGGAUCUUCCCAAUGAUAUCAAACAUUUAUAUAUAACAUGGCUUGAAGAAGAUGUUUUAGCUUAUUCUCUGAGGAACCAAAAAUCUGCACUAUUAUACACCAGAGCUUUGGAAAAACUACGAAAUUACAACAACCCAGUUCUAACACCAAGAGAACUAAUUCGGGUCCCAUUCAUAGGUGAAAAGAUUGUUGGUCAGAUGGAGAAAAGACUUGCAAAAUACUGUGAUGAAAAUGGAUAUCAAUUACCUGUGGGGAUUAAUGAUACCCAAAGACAAGCAAUAAAAUUUAAAAGAUCUAAUCAAGAUACAACAAAUGAUGAUGAUAAUGUAUCUGUUGAACCUUGUGGUCCGAGUUCUAAGAAGAGGAAGCCUGCAAAGCCUGCAAAGAAAAAGAAAUAUGUUCCUGUGAAAAGAUCUGGUGGUUAUGCGAUUCUUCUUGUUUUAUUGGAAAGAGAUCCAGAUUGUAAUGGGCUUACUAAGAAUGAGAUUAUUCAAAACGCUUCACCAUAUUGUGAUAAAAGUUUCACAUCAAACCCAGGGACAAAUCAAUUUUAUUCUGCUUGGAACAGUGUGAAAACUUUGCUAAAUAAUGAUCUGGUUAAAGUCGAGGGUAGACCUGCUCAUUAUUAUUUAACUGAUGAAGGUAAAGAACUUGCAAAGAAUUUGAAAAGUGGUGAUGAUGUUGAAUUUGGUGGUGCUCAGCAAAGCAGUAGUAGCAGAAGUAAUACAGCUCCAAAUGGAAGGUCAAGUGCACCAAAUAAUUUAGCAAGUGAUCCACCAGAUAAUACUUUUGUUCAAGAUGUUAUACCAAGUGUGAUACCGGCUCGUAAUAGAACUUACCAUGAAUGGAAUGGUGUUCGCUAUCAUUUCUGGGAACCAGGUUCAUAUUCUGUGAGGUUUGUUGUGGAUAAUAGAGAAAUCAGAUCAGUUAAUGAACGUGAUUUUUUUGAUACGAAAUUACAAACACUUGGUGUGAAAGCGGAAUCGAGACCCUUAACCGUUGGUGAUGGGAUAUGGAUUGCAAGAAAUAGAAAUACAAAUGAAGAAGUUGUCUUAGACUAUAUUAUUGAACGUAAAAGACUAGAUGAUUUGGCUUCAAGUAUCAAAGAUGGUCGUUAUAAUGAACAAAAAGUUCGUUUGAAAAGGUCUGCUGUUCAAAAUGUCUUCUAUCUGAUUGAGGAAGUUACAAGCUCUGAUGUUCAACAAAUGGCUGACGCUAUCCAAACUGCUAUGAGUAUGGCUAUGACUACUAGUAAUUUCCACGUUAAAAGAACCAAAGAUGCUGAUGAUACCAUACAAUUUAUAGCAAAAACUACAAAGCAAGUUAGAUCAUUUUAUCAAAACAAGAAGCUACUAGUAUUGGAGCCAAGAAAUUUAGAGUAUCAACAAGAUUACAAAAGAGUCUUGGACGAAUUUAGAGAAAAAUUCAAUACUAGUAAUGUUCUUUGCUCCCAUAUGUAUUAUACAUUUGAUACAAUGUUAUCAAAAUCAAAACUUAUGACAACAAGAGAAUUAUUUGUAAGGAUGUUAAUGACAAUAAGAGGUGUUUCAUUGGAGAAAGCUAUUGCUAUACAGAGAGAUUUUAAAACCCCUAGACAUUUAUUCGAGAACUUUGAUGCUAAGGAUCCUGAAUUGGCUAAGAAAUAUGGUAAAAGAAUACAAGAACUCAUAGGUGACCUCUACAAAAAAUGA